AUGUCUUGGUCAUCUUCGAGCCCGUCAGGCUCGACUACAACUACUUCUGCCCUGACCAGCCCUCUAGAGACACCCACAUCGUCGACACGCCCACCCAGUUCGCAGCAAUCUCCAAAGAGCCAAUCUGAAGGAAGCGAAAGCCAGCCCUCAAUAAACUCCGCGAAUCAGUCGGCCUCUGACCAGAGCAAGGAACGAGUAACAGUGCCGUCUGCUUGCGUUGCUUGUCGUUCAAAGCACUUAAAAUGCGAUGGACUGAGUCCAUGCACCAGAUGUUCUGCCAAUAGCUUCGAAUGUGUAUAUGUGCGGAGCAGAAGGGGCUUCAAAGGCCCUCGUAAAAAUGGAGUUCAAGGCAAAAUCCCAACGGCCGCUCCAGGCGCCGGAUCGAGUUGCCCUAUGAUUAACCCCAAUGCUGGAAGAGGUCCGCAUGUACCUACCGGCCUGGCCACACCACCAGACAACAGAUUGCAGGCGGUACCACGUCCCCUUGAUAUUCCAUACGACGUUAACAAUGAUCUGACAACCUACGAUCCAAACAAGAAUCUUCCCGCCUCUACUUCUGGUCUUGAACUGCGUGAAAGAUGCAUCGAGGCGUUCUUCUACCAUUUCCAUCCAGCGCAUCCAUUCCUGCUCCCCCGUACGGAGUUCAUGGAAUUAAGGCAAAAGCAAGGGUUGGAACACUUGCUCGCUGCUAUGCGCUAUGUAGGUUCUGCAUAUGUAUCUUCGGCAAAUACUGUGGCCCUUGGUUUGGAGGCUGAACGUCUUGUAUAUGGCGCAGACUGCCCUCAAGAUGCGUACAGAGUUCAAGCCAUGCUCAUUUUGACUAUCGGUCUCGAUGGGUAUACAUACCAAGAGAAAGCUUUGCAGAUUCUUAUGGAUGCUCAGGAUCUGGCGCUUAAAUUACGAAUGAACAAGCGUGAAUUUGCGUUCCUAAAUAGCAAUGGCUCACAAAUAGCCGAGGAAAGCUGGAGACGAACAUGGUGGGAGCUCUAUAUAGUCGACGGUAUGAUUGCAGGCGUUCAUCAAAAGAGCGACUUCCGAAUGAAGGAUAUGCCAAAUGAUGUUGACCUUCCCUGUGAAGAGAAGGAGUACCUGUCUGGAUUCAUUCCACAGCCCAGUUCGCUUAGCGAUUUUGAUGAUGAGUCUUUCGAUGGCAAGGAGCUCACGUUUUCGUCCUUCGCAUAUAGAAUUGCUGCACUUCGCAACCUUGGCCGGGUUUUAUCUUCUGGCCUGCUCCAAAGUUCUACUCCCGAUGGGGACGCUAUCCUUCGUGUUGAUAAUCAUCUUGUUACCUGGCGUCUACACCUCCCAGAAAACAAGAAGAAGUUCAUUAACAACGAGGGCAAGCUUGAUGAGAUGCUUUUCCAAGCACAUAUGAUUACUGAAGCAACGACUAUUGUCUUGCACCGCGAGUUUUCCGAACUCGACUCCAGUGUUGCCAAGGGUGUCACCUCGUGCGCGCCACAUAAACCUAUUAUUCCGGGAGAAAACUACAAUAUCCACGCCGCAAAGACAGUACAAGCCGCACAAGAUAUAUCCAAACUCAUUUCCAUUCCAGUUCCUUUGAUCAAACAUACGCAUUUCUUCACCUGUGUUGUUACGCUCGGCUCCAUUGUACAUCUCUCGUGCUGGUCUACCCUGAUGCCAUAUAUGCAAGACGAUGACCUCAAACAACAAUUACGCUUGAAUACUGGAGCUCUGAAGACCCUGUGGCAGGUUUGGCCUUCCGCCGGUAAAGCCUUCGGCCAAGUAAAAGGCGUCGCUCAAGAGAUUUUCCAGUCCAAGAAGAUUGCGGUCGAAUCAGGCUACUGGACCAACUUCGCUCAAGAGGAUGUGAUGAGAGUGAUGAUUGACGACCAGAGAAUCAUGGACGAGCUGGACUUGCUCCACUAA